CUAUUGACGGAAAGGUUGAUAAGUUAGCAGUCAGCCUUGAUUCCCUGACUAUGAGUGUCAACAGCAUCCUACAGCACUUGCAGUUACCUGUCCCUUCUUCCAAACCUCCUCAACCUUCCCCAGCGUCCUCUACACCAUCUCACAGUCGACCAUCUUCGCCUGCUGGUUCUCAUGUGUCCACUACCCCUGCCGCCUCUGGUACAUCUGAUCAGCGGCAGCCCAAGCUGACACCACCUCAUAUGUAUUAUGGGGAAGACCCCAAGGUGGAUGUCUCAGAUUGGGUUACUGCCAUGCAGGCAUACCUGGACAGCUUUGUAUGUCCAGAGGUGACAAAGGUAGGGACUAUUCUGGGCCGUCUGGAGAGGACCGCAUUGAAAUGGUGCACAUCCUCUGCAGCGAAACAGAAUCAGCCCAUGGACAAAUGGGCACAUCAGCUGAAGGUGGAGGGGUUGCUGCAGGCCCUGCGAGACCGGUUCGCUGACAGGGAGCAGGCCCGAAAAGCAGCAGAUAAGAUAAUGUUGCUGGGCACACGCAGAUUUGAGGGUUCCCUGUCCAAGCUCUACAACAUGUUUGAGAGCUUGACAGCUACUCCGGGUCUGGAGAUGAGUGAGUGUGACCAGCUCACCCAUUUCCUUCGCGCAGCGCCUCCAGACUACUCCAUUGCUUCGUAUUCUCUGGGCCACAAGGACUGGAGGUCCUUUGGCAAAGCGGCCCUGGACCUGGAGUCUCGGCUCAAGGUUCAGGAACCUUCUGAUGGAAGGAGACCCUCUUCCAGGGGACAGCGCAGGAAGAAGGGUGCUCUGUUGGCUUCUGAUGCAGGUUCUGAUUCUGAUGCAUCUUAGCGUGGCAGUCCACCAUCUGAGAUUGCAUCAUGAUCAGCAGUUGAGCCAGCCGUUCUUGCCCUG